AUGGAGGAGGCGAAGGUCUUCCGAGGAGGAAAUCUUGGAGCUGGUCUUUGGACAAAUACCGAAAUCACAUCCUCAUACCCGGGUGUCCAUGGAGACCGCCAAUCACGUCAGGAGAAGCUGCAAGCAGUCUGGGGCAUCAGUUGCGCCUGCAAUACUUGCAAGAAAGCUACACUGAGUCUGAAUGGUGCCCUGCGUAAACGAAUCAUUUCGCUCGCUGGUCUUGGCUUGGAGAAAUAUCCGAUGCGCGAACUACAUACGCUAGUGCUGUACUGCUAUAUGCAGCAAAAUGACUACACGGAGGCAUUGAAGACAGCGCUCAAACUCCACUACCCAAUUGAUAAGAAGCAGAUUCCAACAGUCUCCCCAACUGACCACUUGGGAAUGAAAAAGUGGGUCAGUUCCGAUAAUGCUGUGAGACGCGAGAAGGAGGUGUUCAAGGAAGAUGGGAAAAAGGUCACUCGAGGAUGCAAGAAGAUCGAGGCUCUGAUGGAGAUUGGCACGAUCAGAGAAGAGAGGCGGGCUUUCGCGGGGAAGAUGAAUACAUUGAUAAAGUGGGCUGGCUUCCUACCUUGGCGGAGAAAGAUUUGCCUUACGCUGUGA